AUGCGGGCCUUCUCUGGCCUUGCGAGAUCAGCGCCUGUCCGAUUACUUCCGUCGCAGAGCCGAAAUGUGUUGAAAUGUGCCUCUUUGCCGGUCUCUAGGCUCACUUCAUUGCCCACAAAAAAUGGCCAGAUACUAUCGUCGCCAGUUAGGCAAUGGCAUCAGAUAAGGAAUGCCUCGGGAGCAGCAUCGGCAGUGAUCGAACAAGCUGCUGCCAACCCCGACGGUCUCAGUCAAGAGGAGAUCAUCCAAAACAUCGACGCUCAGGAAUGGAAGCGUCUGUCGAAAGUCCGAAACAUUGGUAUCGCCGCGCAUAUCGAUAGCGGAAAAACAACUGCAACCGAACGAGUUCUUUUCUACACUGGCCGUAUCAAAUCUAUUCAUGAAGUUCGUGGUCGGGACAGUGUUGGUGCGAAAAUGGACUCUAUGGAUCUGGAACGUGAGAAGGGUAUCACUAUUCAAUCUGCAGCCACAUUCUGUGACUGGGUGAAGAAGGAGGAUGGCAAAGAGGAGAAAUAUCAUUUUAACUUGAUUGACACGCCGGGACAUAUUGAUUUUACCAUUGAGGUUGAGAGGGCUCUUCGUGUUCUCGAUGGUGCUGUCAUGAUCCUCUGUGCCGUCUCCGGUGUCCAAUCGCAGACCAUCACUGUCGACCGUCAAAUGAAGCGUUACAACGUCCCCCGAAUUUCCUUCGUCAAUAAGAUGGACCGAAUGGGCGCCAACCCCUUCAAGGCUAUCGAUCAGAUUAACAACAAACUCAAAAUACCUGCCGCUGCGGUGCAAGUUCCCAUUGGGUCCGAGGAUGAGUUUCAGGGUGUGGUCGAUUUGAUUCGCAUGAAAGCCAUUUACAAUGAGGGUCCCCGAGGAGAGACUAUUACCGAAACCGAUGAAAUCCCCGAGAAAGUCAAGGCUGUAGCUGAAGAAAGAAGGAGGAUGCUCAUUGAGACCCUUGCCGAUGUCGAUGACGAGAUUGCAGAGAUCUUCUUGGAUGAAAGGGAGCCCACACAGGAGCAAAUCAAGGCUGCUAUCCGUCGCGCUACUAUCUCCUUGAAAUUUACUCCGGUGUUCAUGGGCUCUGCAUUGGCUGACAAGUCGAUCCAGCCUAUGUUGGAUGGAGUUUGCGAUUACCUCCCCAACCCAUCCGAAGUAACUAAUCUUGCCUUGGAUCAGAAACGCAAGGAAGCCCAGGUCAAACUACUGCCGUAUGGUUCACAGCCAUUUGUCGGUCUGGCUUUCAAGCUUGAAGAAAGCAACUUCGGUCAGCUUACCUAUAUUCGUGUUUACCAAGGUACCCUUCGCAAAGGUGCCAAUGUCUUCAAUGCCCGGAAUGAUAAGAAAGUCAAGGUCCCACGUAUUGUUCGUAUGCACUCCAACGAAAUGGAGGAAGUGCAAGAGAUCGGCGCUGGUGAAAUCUGUGCUGUGUUCGGUGUCGACUGCGCAUCAGGUGAUACCUUUACGGACGGACAGCUUGCUUACACCAUGUCGUCUAUGUUUGUUCCAGAACCCGUUAUCUCUCUUUCGAUCAAGCCAAAGAACAACAAAGACUCGGCCAACUUUUCAAAGGCUAUGGCUCGAUUCCAGCGCGAAGAUCCGACGUUCCGUGUUUCAUAUGAUAGCGAAAGUGAGCAGACUAUCAUCUCUGGAAUGGGCGAAUUGCAUCUUGAUAUCUACGUCGAGCGUAUGCGCCGUGAAUACAAGGUUGACUGCGAGACCGGACCACCCCAGGUUGCUUACCGAGAGACCAUUGGCAAUCGCGUUGAGUUCGACCACUUGUUGAAGAAGCAGAGCGGAGGUCCUGGUGACUAUGCUCGUGUCGUUGGAUGGAUGGAACCAUCUGCAUCUCUGGAAGAAAACAAGUUCGAAGAACAGAUUGUCGGAGGAGCCAUUUCCGAGAAAUUUUUGUUCGCUUGUGAAAAGGGUUUCAAUCUCGCUUGUGAGAAGGGCCCAUUGAUUGGACACAAAGUUCUUGGAACACAGAUGGUCAUCAACGAUGGUGCCACUCACAUGACUGAUUCCUCUGAAAUGUCUUUCAAGAAUGCCACCCAACAAGCAUUCCGUAAGGCGUUUAUGGAAAGUAACCCUUCUGUUCUGGAGCCUUUGAUGAAGACUGUCGUUACAGCCCCCAUCGAGUUCCAGGGUGAUGUUAUCGGCCUUUUGAAUAAGCGAAACGCCACCAUUAACGACAGUGAAAUCGGCGUCGACGAGUUCACCGUUUACGCCGACUGCAGCUUGAACGGCAUGUUUGGCUUCAGUAGCCAUCUGCGUGCAGCCACUCAGGGUAAAGGCGAGUUCACCAUGGAAUUCAGUCAUUACGAGAAGGCCCCCGGUCAAUUGCAAAAGGAACUUAUUCAGAAGUACCUCAAGGCCCAAGCAGACCGACACAAGAAAUAA